AGGGCUCUUUCAUUGCAUUUUUUGUUACUCUUUAUCAACAGUUUUUCUUGAUCAUGUAAAGAGGCUACUGAUUGGUUGCUUCACCAUAAAAGUCACAAUUUUUUUCUUGAGAUCUGAAGUUGGAUUUGAUAAGAAAAAGGCUGUAUACAUACCAAGUUUUGUGUGGGAGGGAAAGAUGAAGUAUGUAAUGGCUUUUAAUUUCCUAAGUUGAAAAACUGCAAAAGUGGAGAGUUAUGAGCUCCUUAUGAUUUGGAGCUGAUUCUUGAAGUAAAUGUUGAUGAAAAGAAGGCAAUAAUUUUAAGGAGAUGGAGGGGAGAGGCUACUCAGAGUUUUACAGGAACACGAGCGAAGAGCUGUUCAUAAAGACGAUGAUGGAGAGCCCCGUUGGAAUACCAGCUCCAACAAUGGAGAUGUUGGGAUUCAAGAACCUCACGCAGAAUUUUCGAACAGACAGCGAGGAGCUCUUCAAGAGCUGGCUCACAAAUGGAGAGAAUAGUGGUUGCCAUUCAGCAGGCGUCGGGCAUCGUCCUCGACAAGCAUCAAGAAGGAUCUCCACAGAACUAGCUGGUUUGAGCAAUCAAAACGCGGCUGCAAUGCAGAAGAAGGUGAACGAUGAUACGUUUCCACAAACCAGUUAUGUGGCUGCUGAUUCUUCAAGUGAUCUUGAAUCAACAAGAACUGGAGUUGAGAAAGGGGUGCAGGCUAGUAAUCUGUUUCUGGCAAAGGCGUGGUUCCACAGUUCCCAGCCUAUGACUAGGAGCAGAUCAUCUGAGUUGAGGAGGAGGUAUGUUGCAAUGCAAAACUCACAAACACCAAUAGGCAUUGAGGCCAUGAUGCAACAAGAACUCACACAGCAAGCAAAUGGAUUCAACAACAUGUCAACAAUCUAUGAGAAUCCCAAUCACCAUUUCAAUGCAUCAUCAUCAUUCAUGUCUCCCUCCAAUUCAUCCUCUUCCACUUUCAACAACCCUCAAGGGGGGAAUGUGGACAAGAUCUCGUCUGUCGUGAGCAUGCUCAAGGGCACUCUAGAGCGCAAGAAGCUCAACAACCAAGUCGAGGGAGAGGCCGUUCAUCAUGACACCUACUAUAGUGGUGCAGCAGCACAAGUGUUAGGCCAUGGUGGUGCUUGCUUCAACCAAGAGUCAUUUGAGAAUCAAGGGGCUUUUCAAGAUGUUUCCAUACUCGGAGCUGAUGAAACGAGAGCGCUGCAGACGAUUGAGGAGUCGUUGAUGGAGGGCAUUUUGGGACCUCUCAACCAGAUGAGCACAGUGUCAAGGGAGCCAUCACAGAGUGAGUCCUCUGCUGCUGCACCUGUGGUUUCGAAUGGUGUCGAUGUUUACGACGAUCCUUGCAUCUCUGCACAAGCUCCUACGGUUUGUGAGAGCUCAAGGCAUCAAAUGGGAACAGGAAGAAGCCCAGAAGAUUGUUCAAGGAGUAGAGAUUUUAGAGAGCGUAUAUAUGAUAGCUCAAGAGAAGACCAAAAGCAGCAAGAAGGUUUAGUUCGAUAUGGAUCCAUCAAAUCAUCUGGUUCAGUGGACAGAGGAGAUCCCACAAAAAAGCGUAGGGUGGAGCGAUCACGCAAGAUGGCGGAGGCAAAGGAGAAAAGUUCGACGCCGCCGGUGCCGUCGGAUAUGCAAUCCAUGUUGAAACGGUGUGAGAAUCUUGAGAAGGAAGUGCGUUCACUUAAACUCAACUUGGCCUUCAUGAACAGAAAGGAUUCGGAGCAGACCAAACAAAUCGAAGAGCUUCAGAAACAGAAUGAGGAUCUGGGAGAUGAAAAAGAGCGACUACUCGAAGAGAUUGAGAGGAUCAUUGCAGAAACUACCAAAAUGUAACUAUUUCUCAAAAAUGUUGCCACCAACCACAACUUUUAUACCAUUAUCACGAAUUGUAUCAUUAUCAAAUGUACAAUAAGAAUCAAGUUACAAUC